GAAUGAAAUUCUAUAUUGCUUUGCUUUUGUUUGGUUUGAUUAGGCGAAUGAUUUGCAAUUAUUUACAAUAUUUUCUGUUACCGUGUAUACUUAAUAAACCUUCAAAAUGUUUCAGUUUGGAUUCAACAUGUUUCAUGAGAUAUCGAGACCAUUCAAUAUGACAUACAGAUGUUUCUCCGUUUCUAUGUUGCCUGGAAAUGAAAGACAGGAUGUAGAAAGAGGUGGAAAAAUCAUAAUGCCUCCAUCAGCUCUUGAACAGCUCACACGACUAAAUAUUGAGUAUCCGAUGAUCUUCAAAUUGACUAAUAAAAAAACAAAGAGGCUUACACACUGUGGUGUACUGGAAUUUGUAGCAGAUGAGGGCAAAGUUUACCUUCCACACUGGAUGAUGGCAAAUUUGGUACUUGAAGAAGGAGCACUGAUUCAGAUUGAGAGUGUAUCAUUACCUGUUGCAACAUUUUCAAAGUUUCAACCACUUUCAGAAGAUUUCUUAGACAUAACUAAUCCUAAAGCAGUAUUGGAGAAUUGCUUGAGAAACUUUUCUUGUCUAACAACUGGUGAUGUAAUUGCUAUAAAGUAUAAUUCAAAGGCAUAUGAGUUGUGUGUACUGGAAACGAAACCUGGCAAUGCAGUCAUCAUUAUUGAAUGUGACAUGAAUGUGGAGUUUGCACCACCUGUUGGGUACAAAGAAGAAGACCAUAUAUCAAGAGGCGGUGAAGGCAGUUCCGGUGCUGAUGGUAUGGAUGAGGAUCCUGCUUCCAUGAUGCCAGAACCUAGUGGUUUCAUAGUUUUUGGUGGUGAAGGUAACAGAUUGGAUGGAAAAAAAAAGAAAUUAUUGAGUGAAAGUGAUUCCGACCAACAGCCCUCUCAGUCUAGACAGGCCUAUGUCCGCGGUAUCCCAGACUACGACUAUGUUAUCGGCACACUAAGGUUCAUUAGAAAUUCGCGGCCAGCUAGCGCUAAAGAAGAAGCGCCGUCAGAACCUUUUCAAGCAUUUAAGGGUGAAGGCUUCACUUUACGCACCACUAAGUCUAAGAAUUGAAUAGCUACUAUAUAUGUAAUACAAUAUAUGUCUAUAUUUAAAAAAACUGUUUCCAAAUUUAAUUAAAUUUUCAAUAGUCCAAGUCAAA